AUGGCGGUCGUUGAGAAGUGUCCAGCGUUCCACACUCAGCUUUUUGGUAUGAGUGCACCAUCUGGGUAUCUACAGUGCACUGCAUUUUUCCAUACUUCCCAGUGUGAACAUAUUUAUGCCCUCAAAAUAGUUCUUUUCUUUGAGUUCAUGGUAGCUGUGGGUGCAGCUAUUCUCACCAUUGUGGCAAUGCCAAACUUGGACAUCGUGACCAACGUGACAAUACUGAACGGUGUUGCUGUCCUCUCGGCGCUCCUACAGGUGGUCACUCAGUGCACUGCCAAGGAAAGGAAUUGUUUCCUGGUGCCGUCCAUUGCUGCCUUCAUGCUGAUUUUGCUCGGAUAUGUCCUGUUCCUCGUCCUAUACAUUAUGAAAGAUCCUACUGAUAUUAAGAUGGCCAUUUGGGUGGGUCUGGCUGUUGGUGGAUCCUUCUUGGUGUCUUUCAAUUGGUGGGAGACCUACUUCAGACUGAUCGGCGAGAACCGCAGAUCUGUCUUCCUCAAGGACCUGUGCACAGAUAUGACAAAGUGCCAGAAUGUGCUGCACAUCAUCUCCACCCUGCUCAGGAUCACAGUGACUGCCUGUGUGCUUGGAGCCUAUGUCCCACUUGCCAAAAUGGACUGGGACAUAGUGAAGUCUAUCCCGAGUCGUGAGACAAAAAUUAUAGUCAUCACCGUUGGGAUCCAGCUCAUCUCCUCUGCCCUCUGCCACUGGUUUGCUGUAGUGGCCUGCAAGAUGCACGCCCUGCGACGAUGCUUCAUUCUGCCUUUGUAUCUGGCCUCUUUGGCCGUCAUGGCUCUGCUCAUCAUCCCUGUUAUCGUUUACUAUCAGGAAUACAGAAUAAGUCUGAACGGGACAAGCAUCAACUUCACAGGCUACUGCAAUGUAACUUUAGAUGGAAGAAACAACAGCCUUAAUGGCAGUGUGUUCUCAGAUCUGGUUUUGGAUGUUACACACACUCUGUGCUUCCUGGACAUGUCAAAUAUAACUGACAUUGGCCUGCUGACAGGUUCAGCAGUGUCGUGGUGGCUCAGUCUGGUGUUGGCCACUCUCCAUCUGUGGCACCUCAACAUUUAUCGUAUCCAGAGGACCCAAGACCUGUUCAUCAGGAGGCUGUAUGAAGGAGCCUUUAUCGAGCAAUCCCUGCUCCUCAACACCCGAUUCAACAAUCAGACCAAACAAAAAAUGAAGAAACUGGAUAAGUACAGACCAAAGAGAAAGACCAAAGAUUUCACCUUUGAAGCCCAUAUAUUCUUUGAUGAUGCAUUCAAACAUGUCAAGGGGAGUCGGGGGCGUCACAUCAACGACUUUGGAAAGGACCUUGUGCAAGUCCUCUCAGACGUUUAUAGUAUCUUCACAAACCUUGGUAAAAGCAUCUUCAAAAAGCAGCAGCAGAUCCCUGAUCAGAAGAUCAUCAGGACACCAUAUGGAGGUCGUCUUGUGGUCACCAUGCCUCAUGGGAACAAUAUUGUGGUUCACUUCAAGGACAAAGAACUCAUCCGUCAUAAAAAGAGAUGGUCUCAGAUCAUGUACCUUUACUAUCUUCUGGGCUGGAAACUCAUGACAAAAUAUUAUGCACGCUUGGAGAGAGAGCACAAAGAUACAUUGAUAGCAGAGAAGCACAACACCUACCUCCUGGCUUUAGAUGGGGACACAGACUUCCAGCCAACUGCUGUGAUGUUGCUCAUCGAUCGUUUGAAAAUGUACCCACGUGUUGGGGCAGUAUGUGGCAGGAUUCACCCCACUGGAUCAGGUCCUGCAGUGUGGUUCCAGAAGUUUGAGUACGCCGUCAGUCACUGGCUGCAGAAGACAGCGGAGCAUGUGAUUGGCUGCGUGUUGUGCAGCCCUGGCUGCUUCAGUCUGUUCAGAGCAGAGGCGCUGAUGGAUGACAACGUGAUGAAGAGAUACUCCACCAAGUCCACAGAGGCGAGACACUACAUCCAGUUCGACCAAGGUGAGGACCGCUGGCUGUGUACUUUGCUACUAAAGCAGGGAUGGAGAAUUGAGUACAAUGCAGCAUCUGAUGCUUACACCAAUGCACCUGAGGACUUCAAAGAACUCUACAACCAGCGUCGGCGAUGGGGACCGUCCACGAUGGCUAAUGUGGUGGAUCUGCUGGGCUCAACCAACACAAUUUCCAAGAGGAACUCAUCCAUGUCCAAACCCUUCAUGUUCUACCAGCUCUUUGCCAUCACCUCAUCAAUCCUGGCCCCUGCCACCAUCUGCCUGAUGAUUGCAGGCAGUUUGACUUUCAUCUUUAAAAUUGAAGCCAACGCUGCCCUGGUCCUGGCUGUGUUACCUCCUCUCAUUUACCUGAUUCUCUGCUUCAAACUGAAAUCAGACACUCAGAUCACUAUUGCAGCAGUCUUGAGUAUCAUAUAUGCAUUCAUCAUGUUGGUGGUGACAAUGUCCAUCAUCGGUGCAAUGGUGAGGGAACAAACCAUCCUGACACCCAGCAGCAUUUUCGUCAUCGCCAUGGCUUUCAUUUACAUCAUCACUGCGAUAAUGCAUCCUCAGGAAAUCCAGCUGGUGUUCCAUGGCUUGCUCUACAUUCUCUGCAUCCCCAGCGCCUACCUCCUGCUCACCAUCUAUUCCAUGGUCAACAUGAACAAUGUGUCCUGGGGCACCCGGGAGGCAAAACCUGCCGCUGGAUUGCCUGCAGACACCACCCCACAAACAACAGCUCAGAAAGCCAAAAGCAUCUUCCAACGACUCUUCUCAUGGGCCAAAUGUUGUAAAAAGUCCACCAGCAGAUCUGGAGGUGAGCAGCUCAAUGCCAACCAGGAGAACCUGAUCCCAGAAUCCGCACAACCUGAACCCCAGCCCCAAAACACUAUUGUGGAAGACAUGAGGAUCUCAGAGGAACAGAGGCAAUUGGAGCCUGUUUUCGACUGUGCUGCCCAAUGUUGGGUCACACAACUACAGAAUAUUUCCAGUGACAUGCAGCUGCAGGAGGAGUCACUCGACCAGGAAGAGGAGAACUUCUGGAAAGAGCUUCAGGGUAGGUACCUGCAACCUCAUGUUGAAGACAAAGAGAAACAGGAAAUGAUAAUCAAUGACCUGCGAGAGCUGAGAAAUAAGAUAAACUUUGCCUUCUUCAUCAUGAAUGCUCUGUGGCUGGUAGCAACAUUUACCCUCCAGCUCCUGAAUAUACCCAUCAACAUCCCCAAGCUCAACUUCAACCUCGAAGUCACCGGACAUAUACAAAUAGAUCCCAUUUCCUUCAUGUUCAUUUUGGGAUUUGCCACAUCGGUUGUGAUCCAGUUCUUGACUAUGUUUUACCACAGAAUCUACACUCUGAUCCAUUAUGUGGCCAUAUUGGACACAGAGCCAAUAAAACAAAAAAAUGGAACAGAAGAAUCAGACCUGGCCGGCGAAAAGGUCGACAAUGCCGACUCCAACUCCCUGCAGGAGUCAGAAUAUGACGGGACUGAGGUGUAA